AUGCCCGUCCCCAUGCACUCACACAAUGACGUAGAAGAUGGUGAACUGCUUGAUAAGGUCCAGACCCUCAAAGAGAUUUGUCUUGGCAACUGUCGUCUUCUUUACGGCAGCGAACGUUUCAAGUUCUACGAUAUCGUGAUCUGCGAAGAUGAUGACACCAAGAAGUUCGCCGCCAUCUUGACCUGCAACCAAGAAGGCCAAACAAAGCUUUUGCGCACGGAACUCAGCCUGUGUCAAGUUGUGGCGGUUCGUACACUUGUGGACGGUCUUCAAAAGGACACAGCGAAGCUCUUUCUGAAGUACGCGGUGGGUUCUCAGAUACGAGGCCAGCAAGGACACACCGAUGCGGAAACCGGCAUAUUCGAGUUGUGGGACGCGGCGCACGAGAACCGAAUCCGCGGCCCGAACGAUGAUACGCAGGGUCUUCUACGCAGCUGGAGUGAUGCACCAGGCGCAGAAGGUCGGCCUCCAUCUGGUCCCCGUGGCGAUGGCUAUUACGGCCGGAAUAACAAGCGCAUGCGACCUGUCGAGCGCCCAGAAAAGCCCGUGGUAGAGACGGAGAUCGUUGACCUCGACUACUAUGACUAG